CACCGUUCAUCUUUGUCUUUGUAGUUUGAGACGAACAAUGAUUAUGUUCGCACAGACAUUAUUCAAGAAUUUUCAAUCUCUGGAAAUGGAAAGAAACCGGUACGGUAUAUUAUAGAAGACUGAUUUUUUUUAUGGCAGGAUUAACAAGUGUCUGUGUCAACUUGCCAUACAAUUCAUCAGCAUUUAUAUUUUAAUUGCUUGGUUCCAUUCUAUUCUUAAUUAUCCAAACAGCUGUAACUGGACAUAUGACUUUUCUUAAUAUGCGAAUUCGAUGACAACAGGCAAUAACCAUGGUUUAGUCGAGACCUGCACGCGUAAAAAGCUCACAACUUGUCAACAAGAUGUGUUUGCAACGGACUUGUAGUAAGCUUUCAACAAGUUGUAACAGUGCUGUUAUUUUAUCAAGUUGCUACAAGGUUGUCACUCGCAAUUUGUUGACAAGUUGUUGAACUGCAGAACGAUAAUAGGUUGUUGGAACAACUUGUAACAAGUCUGUUGAGCUCAACAAUCUUGUAUCAAGUUGUCAACAAGCCGUUGACAACUUGUCAACAAGCUGGGAACUAGCAGUGCGCACACAUCCUGUUGACAAGUUGUUGGAACAGCUUACUACAAGUCUGCUGUAGGUCUGUUACAAUUUGUGCGUUUUUACGUGUGUAGGACUUUCUAUUUAUGUUUCGGCGCUUUUUCACGUGAGAACGGGCAUCCCGCCUCGUGACGUCAUUGAAGUCGAUUAACCUGCAAAUCAAGUACUGCCUGCCGAGUAAAGGCGCUAGAUCUAGGUUGAUAUUAUGCUAUUUAUUUACGUAGGCACGGCUUAGUGUAACCCCGUUACGUACUGGCAAUCUUCAGGUCACUGGAAUCAAAUACAGUCUGAGCAGUGUCACCUUAAGUGGACCUGUUGAUUACAUUAGUACAAAGAGUGCUGCAACCGCUGACCACCCGGCUGUAUCUGCAGUCAGUGUACUGGGAAGGUUGGAUAUUGGCGUACGUGGACCGCGGCUGAACAGUAGUAAAGUCGAGAGAUCAUCAGUGAUGUAUGGUGAAGAUAAUAGAUUGAAUAUUGUCAUCGUGAAACCAAUGCCACGACUUGAGGUAUGGUUCACAGAUAGCUUUAAGGCUGAUUUACCUACGUUGUCGUAAAUGAGUUGUGUACUUAAUUUACACAGUACAACUCAAGUUGUAAGCAGGUUGCAUGCGACAGUUUUAGGCCAAAUUGGUGUAGUGUAAAUCUGCCUUUAAUAUCUCACUGAACAGCACUGAAACUUAACUCAUUUUAUGAAUAGUAAUAGCUGUAUCAGUUCUAAACUUCUCUUGGUAGAGGUCCAGAACUUCGAUGUUGGAAUGGGUGAUUCCAGGGGCGGAUCCAGACCGAUGCCAACGAUGCGAAUGCAUCGGUCAAAAUUGAGAAAUCAUGUUGCUUGAAAUAAUAUGUCGUCAAUACUUAGUCAAGCACUCAGUAAUAGAAUAUCUUUGAAUCACUCCAGCUAUCAAACCGCAAAUAUUUGCUUAAACUUGACUCCAUGUGACUGUCCAUGUCGGGAAUACACUAUUUAGGAUGAAAUCCAAUUUAAAUUGUCUCAAUAACAGUCGAAAUUGUCAAAAUAAGUCCAAUAUGCGACGUGCGAUCGCAAAAGUAUUUUCUGUUGUUUACUUUUUAUUUUGCGACACUUAAGCGUGAAUAAUUUCGCGACAAAAUAUAUUAUUUUUUACCGCAUCCUUUGACGUCACAGUAGAAAGCUGAUGCAUCACCUACGUCACGGUAGAUUUUGUUUGCAUCGAUUUUCAGCCAUUUUGCAUCAGUGAAUGCAUCGGUCCAGAGUCCUUUUCCACGUAAAAUCUACUGUGACAUCAUCAAAUCUAUUGUUUUAGAGCCCUACGUCACGGUAGAUUAGUCCGCUGAGCGAUGCAUCGCAUGCAGAUUGCGGGCGCUCGCAUCAGUUCACUGAUGCAAAUUUCAAAAUCAAAAUCUACUGUGACGUAACGAGGCAUUCGAUUCAAGUCAUGGCGGCAAGGAUAUGCAAACACUAUAUGCAAAUGAACAAAUAAUUGCGAAGAAAUAUCCCUCGAAUAUGACUUGAUGGAGAGCAAUUAAGUUACAGUCGAAUUAAUUACCAUGGUUUGGAAUGAAUUUGAUCUUUCAACUGAGCAGUGAGCACAAGAAUUGAAGUAUAUUUAUACUGUGAGAAUGUGAGAUGCCCACUACGGCCACUAGGGCUCUAAAGUAAGUGGAAUUUAUGUAUAUUUUACAUUGUAGUACAUUGUUAAUUGUUCAGUUCAAUCAGAAUGUAGAUUUGUAUGUAUUAACAUAAUAAUUAAAGUUUGUGUCUAUUUGAUACUGCUGUUCAUACCAGGGGGGGGGGGGGAGAGAUUUGUUUGUCUGGAGGCAAACCAGCCCCAUUACCAAACUUGACAGCUUGCUUUACUGAGGCAAAUUUCAUCUCUGUUUACAUGGGAUUUAUAUAACCUGUGCCCAUGCAGACCUUCAUUUUUCUCACAGCUGGCGGGCAAAGAAAAAUGAAGACCUGAUAAAGUCACAUGUUAUUAAAUGUUUGUGUCCUACAACUGCUUUUAUGGUUGUAACUCUGAUUGCCGACUACUUCUAGCAUUGCCAUAUUUAAUGUAUUUUUUUUAUAUUUUGGUUAGUGCUAUAUAUAAUUAAAUAAUGAUAGAUUAAAUAGUGAUUGUAACUAUAUUUAGCUUGUUGUUAAAUUAUGUGAAAUAAUUUGACAUUUCGCCUGGCACAUUUUGAUUGGAUACCGGUACUAAAAAUAAAACUUUGGUGUCGGUCAAGACUUGCAUCAGGCACUGUACAGUAUGUAAUUACAAUGCAUAAUAAUAUUGCAGGUUAAUUAACCCAUUGAGUCGCAUUGCACCCUGAUGCACCCUACUUUAGUAUUUUACUCUGUCUAACGCCAGACGAUUUUACUUGUCAAGGGGAGAGUGCUGGCGCUUAAUGGGUUAAUGAGCUAGAUUUCUAAUAGUGAUGCAAUAUUGGUUAGAAAACAUUACAUUUCAUUUUAUAUGGAAAUGAGCUGGCGUGCCUCAUGACAAGAGUAUAAUUGCUUUGCAUUGCCUGAGUUAUUGGGCAAUUACUGUACACUGGAUAUUUUGCAAACAAAGAUCAUUACCUGGGCUUGCUCGCCUACGAUAGUUUGGUACAUAUGCUUUGUCGGUGCAAAUAUAAUUUGAUAUAAGCUGUAUAUGUCAUUCUGUUGACAAAUUUUAAUCUUAGAAUGAUAAAAUGAUGGACGUUUAUAAAUACUGUAUAUAACUGCAUGUAACUGGUGUAUAUAGGUUAUAAUUAUGAAAUUUGCUCACAAAAGUGGUAUAGAUUUAAUUAAAUUAUAUAUAUUUGUAGUGCUUAAUUCUCCCAAUACUAUGUUUUGGAUAGCAAGCAUGGCUCUCUGAGGAUUACCAUUGAUAAGUGUACGGAUAUAUUUGACGAAGAUGUGCAUUUAUAUAGUAACACAGGGAAAAUAUUGAUCAAUACUACUGCGCAGCCUUUCUACAUUGACAUCAUCUUAAAAGAGUACUAUAUUAAUAUAUUAGUUGAAAGGCAGGCAAAAGGGGACUGAUAGAAGACAUCUGAUGAUUCAAUUAUGUCAUCAUAUAUUGUUUAUCAUUGUACAGUUUGGUAGGUUCAUUUGACAAGCAAUUUUCAACUAAGAUAGUUCAUUAAAUCAAUUUACACACAGUAUCACUAUAUAUAUCUAUAUUGAUUUAAAGUUUGGGGUCAUGUGUACCUAUAGUUAUACUUAUAGAAUUUUAAAACUCAGUGCUUGUUGUGUGUUAGUUUUACUGGUUUCCUGGUGACAGGGCAAUAUUCUCAAUAAUUUAGAGUGUGGGCUAGUCACCAUACAAAUAUGCAAUUCACAUCAAAGGCAUCUAUUGCUAGGGGUGAAUAAAGUUGACAUACUGAUGCCAACAACACUGUCCAUACAGAGUAAGGUUAGCAGCAUAAGACAGAGUUGUAUAUAAAUAAGUUUACCAACUAGAGCACAAAAUACCUUUAUGCACCAUUCUAAUGCUAAAAAAAUUUACUCAUGGAACAUUGCAAAUUAGUGGAAAUGAAUAAGCCUCAGGGAAGGUGGUUAAGAAACCUAAUAACACUGUCUUUUGAGUCCAACAUUGCAACUAGUGGAUCACACUGUAUACACCUUUGUUACACAGUAUGUGUGUAUUUGCGUUGUCGUGAUUUUUUGCCGAAAUGUUUUUCAAUAGAAAAGUUAAGGCUACAAGAAGCACAGUAGUAAGUACUGACUAUUUUUUAAUAGAGACUUAUGCACCGCUGCUGCUAUUACACUUGUACAAGCAAAUAUUUUUUCUUAUAUGGAAAAAUUAUGUUGUUUUUGCGAUAUAUAGGUUCAAGUUUUUUACGUGCUUUCCAAAAAUGCAGCAAAUAAUUUUGUGACUCUGAUGUAUGAAUUGGAACAAAAGAGUUUGCUCAGAACGCAGGAAAUCGCAUUUCCGAGGUUCUAGAUUUCAAAAUUUCCCGGGGGAGGAUACCCCCGGACCCCCCGACAAAUGCGAGUUCUUAUGUAUGCAUCAGUCAGUUCAGGAGCUGGAUCCGCCCCUGUAUUAAAGUCAGUUCUUGCUCAAACACAGAGCCUUUUUGAAGAAGGACCGUUAUCCGAUAACCGUGUAGCUUCUUUAGAUGCUCUUGAAAACUUGUCAAUAAAAAUGGAUGAAAUUUGCGAGACGUUGGUCGUAUUCCUGAAUAGCUUUAUAAAUCCUACAGAUGACCCUUUGUGGGAGCAAUUAUAUCAUCUAUUAUGCGUUUUUCAUGGAAUAAAAAAGUAUAUAGAAGAAGAAACUAACAAGCUUCGUGAGGACGAAGAAAAUGCAGAGAUGCGUACUUCGAGUGUUGUAGGCACCAAUAAUGGAGGCCGUCCUAGGUAUGAAAUUGAUGAAGAACAGGUAAUGUUCUUACGAUCAAAGCAUUUUACAUGGAAGAAAAUCGCGCAAAUUUUUGGUAUUUGUGACCGUACUCUACGACGGAAACGACAGGAGUUUACUGCAAGAACGGAAAACUUUAGUGAUAUAUCUGAGGCUGACCUUUGUGAAGUGAUUGAGAGUAUUCGUUUUCUGACCCCCAAUAUUGGACAAUCUCGCUUACUUGGGGCUCUUAGAUGCAGAGGAUUUACCAUUCAAAGAUGGAGGGUACGACAUUGCCUAAGAAAAUUAGACCCAGUGGGCACAGCAUUGCGUGGUCAUGUGGCUAUCUACAGAAGGAAAUACAAUGUACCAUACCCAAAUUUUCUUUGGCACCUGGAUGGUAAUCAUAAACUCAUUAACUGGAGAAUGGUUGUGCAUGCUUGCAUUGAUGGCUUUAGCAGAAUGGUAAUUUAUGUGUCAUGCCAAAACAACAAUUUAGCUUCUACUGUUUUUAAUUUAUUUCUUGACGGUGUUUCCAAGUAUGGUUUGCCAAAAAAAAUAAGAACUGACCAUGGGUUAGAAAAUGUCCAUGUUGCUAGGUAUAUGCUUCAGCAAAGAGGUACAGAUUGUGGCAGUGUACUUACUGGAAGAUCAGUGCAUAAUGUAAGAGUGGAGCGACUCCAUAGGGAUGUGCAUUCUGGUGUUCUCUGCCAUUAUGCUUUACUUUUCACUUUUAUGGAAGAAGAAGGUUUACUCAAUGUUGAUAGUGAAGAGCACUUGCUAGCUCUUCAGGAAGUAUUUAUUCCACGCAUCAACAGGAGCCUCAAUGAAUUUGUGAACCAAUGGAACAGCCAUCCAGUUAGCAGUGCUGGGCAUCAGAGCCCAGAGCAGGUGUUUAUUACCGGUUCGUUAAAUUCUGCCACUUCCAUUCAUGGUAAUGAAGAUUCGCCUGCUGAGUCUGAUGAGACAGUAGGGGCUGGACUUGCAGAAGAUGACAUGCUGGAUCCUGAUUUCAUUGUACAAGAAGAGCUUUAUGCAGUAUUUGUUCCACAAACCGAACUUGAAAUUCCCAGCAAUCUAAGCAGUGAACAGUUUUUAACUGAUGAUGGCAAUUAUGGAAUUAAUCAUUUUAUCACAUGUUUACGAGCAAUACAAGAAAACAAUGAAUAA